AGUUUCCUUUUCUUAGAGUCUCGUGAUGUUUAAGAAGGCAUGCACUAGAUUGGGUGGAUUUGCUGUCUGUACGUCGGCGCCCUCCGAUCUGGGGUGCGCGCCCCAGCUUGGGACACGGGACGCUCAUUCUAGGACUUCAGGCUGGAGGCACCUUAAGGCCGCCCCCUCGCUUUGCAAACUGGCUCCAGAGAUGCUAAGUGACUUGCUAAUGGUGCCCCAGCCAGUUAACGGCUCGGACCUGCAUUUUUCAUUCGAGAAAACGGAAACCCAGAAGAUUAAGAUCUUUGAAUGCUACCUAGCAGAAGGAGAACUUCUGUUUAUAACUACAGCUUGGGAAUUCGCUGCAGGGUUUCUCGAUUCUCUGGGCAAGAAAAAUAGUCCCAAAAGCAUCCUGAGGACAGCUCAGAGAAGGUCCUAGCGAAAGAGUACCUUUCUUGCUUCUUGAAGAAUCCCUUCAAGGAAAAAGUGUUUGGGAAGUUCUGUGCCAAGAAGUUCCUCCCUAUGUUCUUGCUGUUUAGGCUUUUGAUAAUCCUUAUUGUGGAGGCCAUGCCUAAACUAAGAAAAUGCAAUACUCUCCAUGGACCUAAUGAAAUGAGAUAAUGCACAAGAAGAGAGAGCCUCCCACAAUGCCUGGCACAUAGUUUACCUUCCAGAGGCUGGCAAUGCUGUUUCACUGGAGGACACAGCUAAGAAGGAAGUCCACCAGCCUGCCAAGAUGAAAUGCCUUGAAGGUAUCAACAAGUGGGCCGUGAUGUUAUAUAAAAUGCCCCAGCAUGCAGAGCUUGCUGGUCUGUUUCACAUACGGGCUUGGAUGUCCAGAGUCACUGGAAGUUAUUCCAAAUUCUUCCGUUUGCUAAUUAUAUUAUAAUGGGUGACUGAAAGGUCACUCUUCUGGGCUUUAUUUUUCUCACUAUCCUAGUAAAAUUAUCAACAACAACCCAGGACAGCCUCAUAUGACUGUUAAAUGAACAUAUGCACGUAAAGUAUAUGGCACACAGUAGGGUUAAAUUGCAGUGAGUCAGGGCAGCUGGAACUUGUUCAAAGAGGCAACAGAAGGGCGUUGGGUGGGGCAGAGCAGAUGGAAAAGGCUGUGCUAGAACUUAAUGAAGGAAUUGAAGAGGGGAUGUGAAAGUGAAGGUGUUUGGUAUCUGCCAGGUUCCUUUUGUUUGCUUUUUAAAUUUUUUACUUAGAGACAGGGUCUCACUGUGUUGCCCAGGCUGAUCUCAAACUCCUGGGCCCACAUGAUCUUCCCGCCUUGGCCUCCCAAGUAAGUGGGACUACAAGCACGAGCCACCACACCUGGCUCAGGUUCCAUUUGACUUACUGGGGGAUGGCUCGGGUCACCUUGGGAGAAGGGAGGCCGAGUUAAACCCACAGAACAGGACGCGUUAUGUUCAAAGGUGGUGCUGGAGAUGGCUUAUGAACAGAAGUGCUAUUGAGUAGCAGCCUCUCUAGACAAGACUCACAGCUGAGCCCCCAUCUUACCUUCUCCUCUGGCCCACACUUAAACCAAGGGCCAGGUAAGACCUGUGGCCCCUUGGCUCCUGAGGAGGAGCUGGUGUCUGCCUGCCAAUUGGAAAAAGAAGAAGAGAAUGAAGGGGAGGAGGAGGAAGAGGAAGAGGAGGAGGACGGAGAGGAUCUGGACCCAGAUCUGGACCCAGACCUAGAGGAGGAACAGAAUGAUCUUGGGGAUCCAGCUGUACUUGGUGCUGUCCACAACACCCAGGUACCAUGGCAGGAGGGAAUGGGAGAGGGUUGUCCUGAACUGUCUGUGGCUCACAGGCUGUCACUAAACAUUCCUCUUCUCUUUUCUACCCUUUUCUAAGACAAGUUCUGGAUUAACACUUUCUUUUUAAGCCUUGAACCUGAGUUAGGGACUCUCUCCUUCCCUCUUUCUCCUGUCUCCCACUUCGUUUCUGAUGCUGUUCUCGCCUUAAAACCAGGUCCUAGCAGAGCUGUGCAUCGCCCACAGGCGGUGGCCCUGCUACUAGCAUUAAAGGUGAGUCACAUUUGCCUGAUCCUGGGCCCCUCUGUCUCAGUAGUCCAUUCCUGGUAUUUAUUCCCUUGGAUCCCAUAACUAGUGGAGAAGGACAAGGACUCCUAUGUAGAUAUGAGGUGACUCAGAACUUCCUUCAACCUACUACUAAGGUACAGUAGUCCAUUGUUUCACUUUCUGCCAUUUCAGUUACCCUUGGUCAACUAUAGUCUGAAAAUAGGCGAGUAUAGUACAAUAAGGUAUUUUAAGAGAGACUACAUUCACAUAACUUUUAUUACAGUAUAUUGUUAUAACUGUUCUAUUUUUAUUGUUCAUUUCUUAUUGUGUCUAAUUCAUAAAUUAAACUAGCCAGUUGCAGUGGCUUUUGUCUGUAAUCCCAGCACUUUGGGAGGAUUGCUUGAGGCCAGGAAUUCCACACCAGCCUGGGCAACAAAGCAAGACCCUGUCGCUACAAAAAAAAAGAGAAAAAAAAUUUCAAAAAUUAGCCAGAUAUGGUAGCAUGUGCCUGUAGUCUCAGCUACUUAGAAGUCUGAGGCAGGAGGAUGGCCUGAGCUCCGGAGUUUGAGCCUGCAGUUAGCUAUGAUGGUGCGACUGCACUCCAGCCUGGGUGACAGAGCAAGAUCCUGACUCUAAAAAAAAAAUUUUUUAAAUAUAUAUAUAAACUAUCAUAGGCAUGUAUAUAUAAGAAAAAAGCACUAUACACAGGGUUUAGUACUAUCCAGUUCUAGGCAUCCCUUGGGGGUCUUGGAACAUAUGUCUCAUGAAUAAAUGAGGACCACUGCACUAGUCUUAUUUCUCCCAGGAGAGGGAGAGGGAUCCUGGCCCAGUUGACUUUGAAUCUGAGGGAGGGCCAAGCUGCCACUGCCCUGGAUGUUGGAAUACCUGGUCGUGCUGCUUCCUCCCACCCCCUCAAAAACACAGGUGAAUGCAGAAGACACUACAGAGGCCCAUUCGAGCCUGGUUUUUCCUCCCUCCUGUUCCAGAGAGCUCUGCUUAGCUCCCCUGGAGUCAAGGCCCCUGGUGUGCUGGGAAUGUCACUUGCCUCCUUGCACUUUCUGUGGCAGCACCAGCUCUCCAGCACGGCACUUUGGACCUCGGCUGCCUUCACCAGACCCAACUCUCUUCUGCAGCCUGCUGACCUCGUGGCCCCCUAGGUUCAGUCAUCUGACCCAGCUCCACCCUCGGCACCAACGAAUCUUGCAGCAGCAGCAUAGUCAAACACCAAGUCCCCCAGCCAAGAAGCCUUGGUCUCAGCAGCCAGACCCCUAUGCUAACCUCAUGACCAGAAAAGAGAAGGACUGGGUGAUAAAAGUGCAGAUGGUGCAGCUGCAGAGUGCAAAACCCCGCCUGGAUGACUACUACUACCAGGAAUAUUACCAGAAGCUAGAGAAGCAGGCAGACGAAGAGCUACUUGGACGAAGAAACCGGGUUGAGUCCCUCAAGCUGGUAACGCCUUACAUUCAGAAGGCAGAGGCUUACGAGUCCGUGGUCCGAAUCGAGGGUUCCCUGGGCCAGGUAGCUAUGUCGACAUGCUUCAGCCCUCGCCGAGCUAUUGAUGCAGUACCCCAUGGAACUCAAGAGCAGGAUAUAGAAGCUGCAAGCAGUCAGAGGCUUCGGGUAUUAUACCGGAUUGAGAAGAUGUUCCUUCAGUUACUAGAAAUAGAGGAGGGCUGGAAGUAUAGGCCUCCACAGCCCUGCUUUUCUGAGCAGCAAAGCAACCAGGUUGAGAAGCUCUUCCAGACCUUAAAGACCCAGGAGCAGAACAACCUGGAAGAGACAGCAGAUGGCUUCCUGCAGGUGCUCUCUGUGAGGAAAGGGAAGGCCCUGGUGGCCCGGCUGCUCCCCUUCCUGCCCCAGGAUCAGGCUGUUACCAUUCUUUUGGCUAUCACCCACCAUCUGCCCCUCCUGGUCCGGAGGGAUGUGGCUGAUCAGGCCCUACAAAUGUUAUUCAAACCUCUGGGCAAAUGUAUCAGUCACUUGACCCUCCACGAACUCCUCCAAGGGCUUCAGGGAUUAAUGCUGUUGCCACCUGGCUCCUCAGAGCGGCCAGUCACCGUGGUGCUUCAGAAUCAGUUUGGAAUAUCUUUGCUCUAUGCCCUGCUGAGCCAUGGGGAGCAGCUGGUAUCACUGCAUUCUUCCCUGGAGGAACCCAACAGUGACCGUACAGCUUGGACAGACAUGGUGGUUCUGAUUGCCUGGGAGAUAGCCCAAAUGCCUACAGCCUCUCUGGCAGAACCCCUAGCUUUCCCCAGCAACCUACUUCCCCUGUUCUGUCACCACGUGGACAAACAAUUGGUUCAGCAGCUGGAGGCCAGGAUGGAGUUUGCCUGGAUCUACUGAUCUGUUUGUUCUGGAAUACGUGUAUGUGGGAAGUUGAAUCAUCAGACACUAGCUAUAUAGACUAUGUUUACAGGGAUCCAGAGAGUCUGAAGACAUUUCUUAUGCCUUUAUAUAUUGGAGAACCCUUCCCCAUUUUCAUAUCCUUUCUUCAAAAAUCUAAAUGAUGUGCCUAAAAAUAAGACACGGCAUAUAAGGUAUAAUUAAAGAGAUAAUAGAAUGA